AUGCUACUUGAGCAAGUCUUUCUCAAGAAUGUGGUCUUAUAUUUUGAGACUUUAACUGAUGUUAUGAACUUUCUGUUUCUCAACAAAAAGUGUUUAGAAACGGUUACUUCACUUUAUGUGAACUCUUAUGCGCUCACAAAACAUCACAAUUUCCCUCAAAUUUAUUUAUUUUUUCCACAGAUGCAAACAUUUUAUGUGGAAACGACACUUCAGUACAUCAAAGCCAAAGACGCGCGGUGUAUGCCACUUAUAGAAAUCAAUCACUGGACAGACAAAUACUUUUACCGUGACAGGAAGGACAAUGUCUUCACCACGCAGUGGUUUCCUCCAAAAAUUCGAAAGCUUUGUGUCUACCCACAACAAGUUAUAAAAAUGUUCACAAGCAUCAACUUUUACACGCAACUCCAAUCAUUCUUUUUAAACUUCCAUCACUU